UAUCAGAGCAGUGGGUUCACACUUCACCCUGGGUAUAAAGCAACAGAGUCAACUCCUCUCUCACACACAGGCACGCACACACCAAAUAUGCUCAGAAUGACACGGACCAGCACAGCGUUUGGCAUUUUACUCUUUUUUCUUCUUCACACCACUUCUGGAGAAAGUGGUUCUACCUCAGAAGAUGAGUCUGAUGAUGAAUUAGACGUUGAGUGUUUCAGCCAGCUGGAAAUUAAGGAAGACUGUCACUCCCUAACAUGCAACAUUACGGAGUUGGACCUUAACAAUACUAACGUUAACCUUACAGUAUGCAGCACCAUCAUUGAAAAGCGUAUAUGUUCGACUAUGGAGAAACAGGAAGGCACAUAUUUUUUAUAUUUCUACGGAAUCCUCUCGCCUAAGGACGUUUGUGUGGUCCUUGAGUCAAACAGACCAUACUGCAGGAGUGUGGAAGUAACCCAUAUUGUUAAGCCUGAGACUCCAUUUGGCAUAAAUAUCACAUUCCGAAAAGAUGCAAACGAGUAUUUUAUUCAAUACGAGACACCGCAUUCAAAGAAGAAAUAUCUAAAGGACAAAUUAAUACACGAAACAGCCUAUCGGCAGGAAAACGGGACUUGGGGAACAAUACAGUCUCAAUAUCUUCGGGUAAAAUUACUGGGGAAAAGCCUUCAGAUGGGUGAAAGUUAUGAAGUGAAAGUGCGAUCAAAGCCCAAUGGAAAGUAUUUCAAGGGUAUCUGGAGUGAAUGGAGCUCCUCCGAAUACUUCCAAAUUGAAGCGGAACAACCCAGAAAGAAAAGCACUGACAUGGUUGUGGUAAUAACUACUGUGGGCUUCAUUUUGCUCUUUGUCAUGCUUGUUCUGAUCCUAACAUUUUGGAAAACCAGAAUCAAGCCAGUUUUGUGGCCAAAUCUUCCGGAUCAUAAAAAAACUUUGGAGCAAUUGUGCAAGAAGCCAAAAAAGAAUUUUGAUACAAGCUUUAACCCGGAAAGUUUUGGGUAUGUUCAUAUUCACAAAGUGGAUGGCAUUCAAGCCAAAGCAGAAGUGGAAUGUUUUCUGCAACCAUCGGCUCCUCUAGAUGCAGAUGUUUCAGAAAAAGUUUGCAAUGGAUCAUCAGAUAUGAAGACAAGCCUCACUGCUGUAGACAAAAGCGUCCUAAAGCUUCCUGUGACUUAUGGAGGAAUUUGGCCAUCUGACACAUUGAGUGGGCACUUAUGUGAAACUCACCCUUCCAUGUUAGAUGGCUCCAGCAAUGACAUCCCAUAUAAGGUUUGCAGUAGCAAUGGUACACAACUAUAUAACUGUGGUCCUAUGACCCAUUCCAGCUCUUCAGCAGACCCCACGGUUCAGCCCAGGUCAGGACCCCUAAAUACCAACACAAUGUCCCUAAUACAGCCCAAUAAUGGAGUUAGGUCAUCAAAUAAGGACGAAGCAUAUGUCACAAUGUCCAGUUUUUGCAAAAAUCAGUAAACCUCAAAAACCAUAGGAGUUGCUGUAACAGAGCAGACUAUUGGUCCUUCUUGUUUGGGUCUCCUGCCUCUUGCUGAUUGAUUCAGUAAAUAAUAAAUUCAGUAAUAAUGUACCUGUCCCCAUUUUGUAAUGCUGUAAUCAAUGGGGAUGGAGUUUUCUUUGCCUCCAAGGACAAUGGACCAAUUUCCAUUCUCAAUUACACCAGUGCCAAUGUGGAGUAAAUCCAGUGUAACUGAAAACAAAUUUAGUUCAAGACCUUAAUCAUGGGCGGUGAUUAACAUAUAACAAUAACAUACUAUUACAUUACACUUCUCUACUGCCCUCUAUCCAAGCGGUGGUGAGUGCUUCACAUUCGUUAACGCUCCUAUCGACAGCUCAGUUUACGCAGCUACAGAUUUUAAUGGUCAUAAAAUCCCUAUCAUGAAACAUGGCUGCAAAGUCUAGAUGGGUUAAGUAGAUUCUGAUCUCACUUAAACUGGGGUGAAUGAAUCCGGAGUAACUUGGCUGAAGUCAGUGGCGUUAUACCAGGUGUUAAUAAAACAAACCAAGUGAGAUCAGAAUCAGUUUGUAUUAGUUUGGGAUUCAAGAUCUGAGCUUGGUAACUCAUUCCCCAUCCAGCACUCAACUCCCAGGCGAAAGAGUGCACACACAGCAUCACUUGCUAAUGAACGCUGACACACUCCCAAGAUAGCACUCCCAUCCUACCACAGCCACAGCAAAGGCUGUGCUGAUGCAUGGUGUGUGACACUGUGUACCAUAAUGAGUAAAAAUAACAUCUUGGUGCUCAAAGGAUUCAAAUAGAUCAGCUAAGCCUGCAGCUUGUGUGUGUAAGAGGGUAGAAGGUGGAAGCAGAAGGCCGGAGGGAACCGGGGCCAACAAAUGUAAACAGAGUCAUAGUGGUUUUAUGUAGGGAUGGGCCCCCAACACACACCCCACAUGACAAGCUAUUAAAGGGGUGUUCUCAGCUAUGUUCAUGUUGAUCAGCAUUGAUUGUACAUUAAAAUGUGGGGCCAGAUCCUCAGCUGGUAUAAAUAGGCUUAGCUCCCUUGAGGUGCAGAGGUGACAUGCGUGACACCUUUUUUCUAUGCCCUCUCAUGCAUACAUUAGUGUGGCCUGUGAGUAUUUCCCAGGGCAAUCGUUUUGUCAUGGGUACCUGACACAUCCUUAUUUUUUCAUUAUCACCAGUCAUUGUAGGUAAGAGUGAGUCAAGAGAUUUUGUGCCUGGGCUGGCAAACUUUCCUGACUACUUUGCAAAGCUGGUACCACUAUAAGAUCCAUUUGCUUGUAAAUUGUCCAGUAACAAUGUCAGAGGAGUGCUCAGCUUUCUCCUUUAAGGGGAAACCUUGCCCCUUCCCCUCUUCUUACACCACAGCUCCAUGGGGUUCCUUAUAUUCUGUCACCAAGGGAUGGUUAAACCACAAUGUAGUUCCACUGACCUGGCCAUUACCCACUGGGGACCAGGUGCACACGGGAGUUGCAGAAGCUGCUACAGCCUCAUGGUUGCAUGACAACCAAAUGAUAUGGCCUGAAGAGAGAAAAGCUGCUUUGCUGUGCUCUAGGCUAAAGGUUUGCCCCUUUGUGAGGUAUCAUGUCCUCUAGCUGCUUUAAAUUCCCCUUUCGGGAGUGAUGGCCUGAUUAGUGCAAUAAUAAGUAACCUCUUCAGGCUGUUUACUUUUCAAAUAUUAAAUACAAUGGGAAGGACUAAACAAAAAUCUGCCUUUUAUCCGUUUCUCAGAUUAAAUUAAAGCAACAGAAAAGCAGUUAUUGUUCCGCUCCAGCGAUACCAGAUUCUAUGUUUAAUUUGACCUGAUGGUCCUGAUUCCGCUUUUCUUCCAAUACAAAUCAGGAGUAAUUCCACGGAAGUAAAUGGGCUAGAACCUUUUGGGCUGGGUGAUUUAUGCUUAGCACAGAACCGCAGGGAUGGAAACUGUGACUCCAAGCUACACGGCUGCUCUAACUUGCACUGGCUAGUCACAGCCCCUGAGAGGCUAUUACCUUAGCCAGGGACAGCUGGAGCACAACAGCAUUCUAGUCAUGACCCCGGUCUUCCCACCCAGGCCCUGUAACAACCCUGCACUGCGGGAAACUUCAGCCAGGCACAGCUUUAUGGUCUGUUUACUCAAAAGGACCAAGGAUGUGGACCGAAGUAGUCAGUGUAUUACAGUAUUUUUUAUGACUGUUUAGCACAUAGUAGUAAGAUGAUCUAGUCUGAUAAAACUGAACUAAGCACUGGACUUUAAUUCCUUUGCUUUAUAAUGCUUCUAUUUCAUAAAAACAGCUGCUAAUGCUUAAAAUAUGCAGACUUGCACAGUGCAAAUCUAGAUGCAAACAGAUUGAGUCAGGAAGCUAUUCUGUUCUUUUACUACAUUACCAAACAUGAAAAAGAAUGCCAUACAAAAUACUAGAUUGUAUGUAAGUCGUGUUAUACUUAUUUUAAACUCACACAUACACAGUGUUAAAAGGUAAAAGGAUUAUAUAAGCAUCUAUCUGCAAUUUUAAACAAUAAUGCACGUAUGACGGAAUAGUUUUACUAUUCAUACUAGAAAACCAUGUUGCUAUUUUAUACUGUAAGAGUGGAUUAUUGUAAACAUUAACCACUACUCUACUUAACAGCAAAUUCUCGUACAUACCUUCCAUAUGCAUUAGUUAUAUUUUUUGCAUAGCUGCUAAUGUCUGAGUACUAUCAUAUUUCUGUCUUAUUUAAUGAAAUAACAUGUAAACCUGUUUUGUAAUGAUUUAGCAUAUUAAAAGGAUGUCAAUUUGCAUUA